UAGUACAAUAGAAUUGUUGAGUGGAGUGGAGUGGAGUAGUAACACACACUUACUGUGGGAUUGAGUUGUUGUUUUUGUUUGUGUGAUGCAAACUUAACCACAAAGUCUUCUUCUACAGACACAAAAGGGGUAAGUGGUCAGAACUCAAAAAAAGCUCAUAAACUCUCUCUGCACAACCUUCAGAGAGAGAGAUAGAGAGAGAGAGAAUGAAAUUAUUAUUAUUGUAGAGAGAGAAAGAGAAAGAGUGCGACAGAUAAGUGGGCAUGGCGGCGUUUGCAGUUCUGUAAAACCGUGCUCUUUUAUUAACGCCUCUUUGUUGUCUAGAAACAAACACGAAUGAGUUGAAUGCGCGAUUAACACUGUUCCUCAACCAACAAACAAACCCUUCAAUUCUACCCCAACACCUUCUUAGUAGUUACUACAGAGAGAGAAACACACGCACGCACACAAAAACCGAUUUUCAAAUUAAAAUAAAAUAUAUAUAUUAAAAUUUGACUCUCUCAACUGAAUAUAGGGUUAAAUUUGAUUGGUUGUUUUGAUAUACAAUAACAACACGAAUCAAGGUUUUCUUGAUAUGGAUUUUUGUAAGUCAGGUUUAGUAGUAGUAGUAGAAUGGCAGGUUUCUUUUCGUUAGGAAGAGGUAACAACAACAAUAACGAAGGAGAAAAUCAACAGAAUAAUAUUCCACCUCCAACUCCUACUACAGAUACUUUAUUCUGGUAUAAUAAUCAAAACAAGAAUGACGACGUCGUUUCAACGUACCGUGGUUUUGAGAUUUGGAAUCAGCAUCAACAACAACAGCAACAACAGUUUUUGGGGGGCGUAGAACAGCAAGAUCUUUACUCAUCUGCUGCGGCGUUAGGAGUGGGUCCCAGUAGAGGUUCAGAUGAGAGGAGAUCUAAUGAGUUAGUUGCGUCGUCGGGAGGGAUAAGCUGUCAAGAUUGUGGGAAUCAAGCGAAGAAGGAUUGUCCUCAUGUUAGGUGUAGAACUUGUUGUAAGAGUAGAGGUUUUGAUUGUCAAACUCAUGUUAAGAGUACUUGGGUUCCUGCUGCAAGACGCCGUGAAAGACAACAACAACAACAUCACCAACACACUCAUCAUAAUAAUAAAUUAGAAACCUCUUUAGCUUGCACUCGCUUACCUUCAAACCCUUCUUCACUCCCUCUCCCUGCACCAGGGUUAUUAGAGGAGGUGAAUUUUCCAGCUAUGGUGAGUUCUCAAGCGGAGUUUAGAUGUGUUCGUGUAAGUUCAAUUGAUGAGUCUGAGGAAGAGUAUGCAUAUUCAACGGCUGUGAACAUUGGAGGGCAUGUUUUUAGAGGAAUAUUGUAUGAUUAUGGUCCAGAUGGAAGUGGUAAUUAUAUGGCUGCCGGAAACACCUCUUCAAGUGGUGUUGAAGCGGUGGUUGAGCCGUUGAACCUAAUUUCAGGUGUUCCUAGCAGUGAAAUUGUUGAUCCAUGUUCUUUGUAUCCAGCUCCAAUUAACACCUUCAUGCCUCCUAGUGGUACGCAAUUCUUCCCCCACCCAAGAUCUACUUGAACAAACUACUAUUCAUCAAACCCCAAUCAAACCAUAAUUCUAAAACACUUUUUUUUUUAUUUUUAUAUUAGUGUAACCUUUAUUAUUAUUAUUAUUAUUAUUAUUUCAUAAUCCAUACCUCUUGUUUUAUUCUUUCUUUCUAACCAUUUCAUAAUAUUGCAGACUGUUGUUCA